UGUGCGUGUCCUCGGUUAAGUCGAAGUUCGAAUUCGUGUAAACGUAGUCAUAGUCAUGCGAACGCGCAUGAAAAGAUACGCAGAUUAGACGUUGCGAUUAAAGUCGAAAAUGUUUACGCGAUCGUUGUUGAUUGGAACGAUUUGAGGCAACUUCGACACGAAACUAUGCGUUUCCAUCCGUUGGUUACAACAGCAAACCACAGGGUCGAGGUUCGUCCAUAUGUGCAUCGCGAGAAUAUUUGCACACUAAUGGAUUAUUGAAACAAACAUUUCGCAAUCAUGAACAGCAAGCAUAGUCCGAAGAAAGUGACAUUGGCCAUGAUAAAAGGUAAACCAAUUACGACCUCCGUUCCUGCAAUUCAUUACCAUGCUAGCGACGACGAACUGGAAGAAAUAUAUCCCAGCACGGACGAAGAGCAAAGACUAACUCCUGAAUUCGAAAGGGUUUCGUUGAAUGUAUCUUCUUCCCCAUCAAAGUCUGUUAAAACAAAGUCCACGAAUGACUUUAACACUUCUGAAAGCAACUCGGACAGUCAAUAUGUUGUCGCAGAGAAUGCUAUACCCGAAGGUACCCCGCCAUCUCUGGAUCCAUGGAAGGUAUUUUCAGAAAUUAAAGGAAAAAUAACUAGAACGUUCGAAGAGAAGCUGUCUGAGAUAAAGAACGACAAGAAGAAACCCUGUCGUUCUCGAGCCGAAAGUUCGAGUAUUAGCGAAUCGGAAGAUCAAGGAAACAAUACUCCGUGCGAAGAAAAAGUCGGAGAUAAACAGAUAAGCGAAUCGGCUGCGGCUAUCGCCUUAGGUAAAGCCACUCCAGGUAGAUACGUAGGUUUUUCUGGAGUAAAAACAGGUUUGAAGGACAAAAUUUUGCAAGACGAGUCCAUAGAGAGCGGCAUAGAAGCCUCUGAAUUUUCUCAAGAUAUCGGCGAUGAUAUCGUUUCUUGUUCUAAAAGCGAUUCGCCGAUAACAAAGUCUCCUGAAAGCAACGAUUACGCUAACGUCCAAAAACAGUCCCAUAUACAUCAGUCUGUACUUCCAAAGCGAAUCAAUGUUAAAACAAUUUUUUCGCAUUUGAUAAAACAAUUAAUCUAUCAAGUAACGUAUAGAUCGGUUGCUGUUCUCGUCGCUGUUUUUUGCAUUUCUUAUGUUACUCCGUUGCCAGACUAUUUGCUAGGACUCGUAGUAGGUAUUUUUACAACGAUUACAUUUUACGACACUGUAACUAAGCUUAAACAAAUUUUGACGACUUUACCCGACGAAAAAUUAGUCUAUAGACCAACGAUAAUACCCGUGCUAGAGAUUCCGGCAGUAGAGGAACAUGCCGUCGUUGAGAGGUUUCAAGGUUGGGUGAACGAACUUCCCUACAGUUACGAACCCAAUAAUUAUCACGUGGCACGCACAAAGUCCGUUUUUUUCAGAUUACAAGGAAACAUUUUGCGGAUAAUGGAGACUAGAAUGAAAGUACCAAAGAAGGCCGUCUGGGACGAAUCGAAACACAAAUUGAAAUUCGUUAAAAGGAGAGUGUACAAUUUGAAUGGAGCAAAGAUAGAUCUUCUUCCGUCUGGACUCACUAGAAAAAGACGAUGGAGUAAAAAGUAUCCAAUUUGCAUAACUCUUAGGAAAGGAGCUUUAGUUUGUAGUGUAAAUUUGAAAGGUUCGGUUAACGACGAAAAUUCGAAGAAGGAGAACGAACCAACGAAGACUGGAUCUAAUAAGAAAUGUACAGCUAACGAGACUCGGCUCUCCACCGUAGAGGAUGAGGAGUCGGUAGUAGGACGAGAUGGAGAGCAAGAAGAGGAAGAGGCGGACACUGCUGAAGACGACGACAACGGUGAAAAUUACAAUAACGAUUUCAACAAUGAUGACAUCGAUAACAACGAAUAUGCGGAGUUGUUUGAAAACUGGGAGGCCGAGGGAUGGUGUGCAGAGGAAGAGAAGGGUGACGAGAAAGAAAGGGAUGCCAAGGUAAGAAGGAACGGAAAGAAAGGUCGUAGUAACCAUCGUUACGUUGACAAAAAAGGGAAGAAACGACGAACGGAACCAAUCGAGAUGAAAGUCGGAAUCAGAUCGAACGUAGGAAAGGAGAAUGAAAUAAAAGGAGAGAGGAAAGAGGACUGCAAGAAACACGAUCACGAGGAGGAAGGGGAAGAGGAAGAGGAGGAGGAGGAAGAGGACGAGGACGAGGACGACGAGUUUGACAACGACGACUAUGACUACUAUUAUAUAUACAAUGACGAGGAGGAAGAGGAAGAGGUGGACGUUGACUACAACGACGGAAAGGGUAACGAAGACGAUAACAGCGGUGCUGCGGACGAAAAGGCGGAGAUGCGGCAACGAGAAGCGAAGGAGGAAAAGUGGGAGACGCUGGACGAAGUAACACAGUUUAAAAGACGAAGAAAAAGUACCUUAAAAAAGCGUUUGAACAACGAAGAGCAGAGGGACGAGUUAAAAAUCUUCAUUUUCGCCAGAGCUGAUCGUGAAAAAGAAGACUGGUACAGGCGUUUGGUUUCGGCCGCGUCUCGAUGCGUUAAAAAGCAAGAUACGUUACUGUUUGCAACCGAUCCAUCGUCCACGUGUAGUACAACUUCAACGUCACAGCGAACCGUUGUCGCGGAAUCGAAAACUUUUGUUUCAGUUAACAACUCGUUCGAAAGCUUAACCGAGCUUACCUAUAAUGCUUACAUGGCGAAAUACCUGGACGCUGGCCCAUCGACGACGGAAGACACGUUUUCUCUGUAUACCGACAAUACGCUUUGGAUCAAUUGUUUAAUAGCUCGUGUACUAUUCGACGUGCACAGAUGUCCAGAAACUAUAAAUCUUAUACAGGACAAAAUACAACGGAAAUUAUCUAGUAUAAAACUACCAUAUUUCAUGGAGUGCCUUUUAGUUUCGGAGGUAGCGAUAGGUCAAGGAGCGCCUAUAAUUCGUAACGUAACGAAACCGGUAACCAACGAAAGAGGUCUCUGGUUUGACUUGGAUGUAAUGUACAAAGGAUCGUUAACUAUGACCGUUGAGACAAAGCUGAAUCUGAUGAAAUUGAAGAGAUCGGGAUCGGUUCCUGCUACUACCACUGGCGGCGACGUUAUCAUUCCUACGGAGAAACACGACUCUGUGACCAGAUCACCGAUUUUUGACAGUGAUAUCGAAGAUACUCCAGAAACAUCUACGGAGGACGAUGAUAGUAAUGCUAUUCAACUGGACAACACCGCUAAAGAAACAACGCCGGCGCAAUCGUCUGGAAAAAAGUUUCUCAGUAUGGUUGACAGGAUAGCUGCGAAUAAAUUUUUCCAACACGCAACCGAGCUCUCCUAUGUUCGAAAAGCCAUGGAAGGUGUCUCGAAUAUGGAGAUACGAUUAAUGGUUACCAUCUCCAGCAUAGAAGGUUGUCUUUCCUUAAACAUUCCACCGGCACCGUCCGAUCGUUUAUGGUACGGUUUCAAACCCGUGCCGAAAGUAACUCUCACCGUGAAACCCGCGGUUGGCGAAAGAAAGGUUAACUUUGUUUCCGUAACCAAAUGGAUAGAGACUAAGUUGCUAAGAGAAUUCGAGAAGCUGGUCGUUUUGCCGAAUAUGGACGAUUUUGUGUUACCGUUGUGUCCUAAUUAUCCUUACACGACGAUACGAUAGUCGUGGAACAGUAGGUAUAUUAUAAUUAGUAACGUUGUCGUUACGUCAUUGACUUGAAUGUACUCGCAUUACAUUUAUAAAUUGCAACGAACGAGGUAAGAUCGGUAAAAAAAGAAAGAAAAGCUUCUACGCGUCUCUUCGUCUCGAACGCAGCGAGUUCUUGCCAAAUUUUCUGUUUACAGCGAAACAGUUUUAUAAUCACAAAAUAAAAGAGCAAGUACAGUCAAACAGACAUCAGUCAUUAAGUAUAAACUUGGGGACCAUGCGUCGCGUUAUCGCAUUCCUUAGGAGAUAACGUACAUUCAACGGUUUAUAUUACACCGAAGAGCUCGAUGCGCGGAAGAGAUCCACGAGGGUAUGCGUUUCGAAGAGAUUAAACACGCGACGUUGUCUGUUCGUCGAUGGCAUCGGUGAUUAUACGGCCAGUAUGUUUAUCGGAACAGCGGUACCGGUUCUUAUCAAAGUAGGCUCGCCAAAACAUUGCGAAACAUCGCCUUAUAAAACAAUUCGAGUGUAUUUGUUCGUUUCAAACGUAUACAAAAUUCUAAAUUAUGUUUACUCAGCGAUUGUAUUGUGUCUUAAACGUUCGCGCGUGCAUCGUUUAUGACCGUCAAAUUAAUAUGUUUAGAAUGUGUAAUGCGAACAAAGCAGCAAAAA